AUGCAUAGUGGUGCAACAGACAGCAUGAACAACGAAAACGACGAAAUUUCUCGCGCGAGCGCAGAUUUCAACGGCGACAAGAGCUAUGUAAACAACGAAACUACUCGCAUUGACGCGAGUGCAGAUUUCAGCGGAAACAAGAGCGAAGAUUUCAACGGCGACAAGAGCGCAGAUCUCAGCGGCGACGAGAGCCACGUAAGUGACGAAACUUCCCGCAUGGACGCGAGCGUAGAUUUCAGCGGCGACAAGAGCGAAGAUUUCAACGGCGACAAGAGCCAUGUAACCGACGAAACUGUUCGCAUUGACGCGAGUGCAGAUUUCAGCGGAAACAAGAGCGAAGAUUUCAACGGCGACAAGAGCGCAGAUCUCAGCGGCGACGAGAGCCACGUAAGUGACGAAACUUCCCGCAUGGACGCGAGCGUAGAUUUCAGCGGCGACAAGAGCGAAGAUUUCAACGGCGACAAGAGCCAUGUAACCGACGAAACUGCUCGCAUUGACGCGAGUGCAGAUUUCAGCGGAGACAAGAACGAAGAUUUCAGCGGCAACAGGAGCUAUGUAAACGACGAAACUGUUCGCAUUGAUGCGAGUGCAGAUUUCAGCGGAGACAAGAGCGAAGAUUUCAGCGGCGGCAAGAGUGCAGAUUUCAACAGCGACAUGAGCACAGAUCUUGGCGACGAUAAGAGCUAUGUAAAUAACGAAACUCCUCGCAUUGAUACAAGUGCAGAUUUCAGCGGCGGCAAGAGCGCAGAUCUCAAUGGCGACAUGAGCGCGGAACUCAGCGACGAUAAGAGUUAUAAAUGUAGAAGAUGGACGACGCAGGAGAUCACGACCAGGCACAUCGUCGUCUGGAUUGAAUAG